AUUAUUUCCGCAUUACUAAUUCAUUGUAUAACUUCGAAUUAUUCGAUAAGGAACGUUUCGUUAAGUAUACGAUUAAAAAAAUGUCAGGUUUUGACGAGAAUCCAUUUGGAGAACCUACUAUUCACGAUCCUUUUUCGGAUCCUGCAAUAAAAAGGGCAGUUGCUUCAACACCUGCUAAUAAAGGCCUGGAAGACUACAAUCCUUUUUCCGAGCAAACGGUAACACAAGGAACUGCACAAGUCAGAGGUGCAUCAAAUCCUCCUAUUUAUGGAGGAAUAGGAGCAACACAGCAACCAGCAACUCUCCAACCUUCGAAUCAAGAAGCUCCACUACCUCCGUAUACGCGUACUCCACAGCAAACAGUGAAUGCAGCACUUGGAAGCACAUUAUCACCUUCUACAGAUCAAAGAACUGAUGAAGAAUGGAAAACAAGGAGAGAAGAAGAGAUGAGGAAUACUUCAUAUUUUCCAAGGCGAAAUAAUUGGCCACCAUUACCUGAGAGGUACUGUUUUCAACCAUGCUUUUAUCAGGAUAUUGAUGUGGAAAUUCAUGCUGACUUUCAAAAGAUAGUGAGACAAUUGUAUUAUUUGUGGAUGUUUCAUGGCUUAGUAUUGUUUUUGAAUGUGAUUGGUGGAUUUGCCUUGAUGUUUCAUAGUAAGGACUUCCCCACAUUUGGUCUUGGUGUCCUAUAUCUUAUUUUGUUUACACCAUUUUCAUUUCUUUGUUGGUUUAGACCAGCAUAUAGAGCUUUUAAGAAUGAUAGCUCCAUCAACUUUAUGGUGUUUUUCUUUGUUUUCUUUUUUCAAUUAAUUGUUACAAGUAUACAAGCUAUUGGUAUACCUGGAUCAGGCACAUGUGGAAUAAUAACAGCUAUUUCUGCAUUUAAUUCAACUGCAGCAGGCAUUUUUGUUGGAAUUCUAUUACUUUUCGUUGCUAUUGGCUUUAUCCUUGCAGCUGGUGGUGAUCUUCUCUUAUUGACUAAGAUUCAUCGAAUUUAUCGAACAUCAGAUGCAAGUGUAUCAAAGGCACAACAAGAAUUUGCUACAACUUUCUUGCGUAAUGAACACGUCCAAAAUGCUGCCAGUAAUGUAGCAGCUACCGCUGUUCGGACACAGAUGGCUAAUGCUGCUCAACCACGUUAUUAGGAACAUCUUGAAUUAAAAAUAUCAUUUGGAUCGAAAUAUAUCCAGCCUUCAUAUCAGAAAAUUCAUAAAUCUCCUAAGUUUGUUUGCAUGAUAUUUUGUUAUUAUUUCAUUGAAUUCAUUAAUCUCCAUUGUAUUACAAAAGCAUAUUCUUAUAAAGAAGUGAUAUAAUAUGUGAAAUUAUGUUCAUUUCACAUUUAUUGUAUGUAUUUUAUUAAAAAAGAUGAACUAUA